AUGCUUCCCUCCCAUGUAAAGAUUGUGAUGUUGUCAGCUACGGUGCCGAAUUGCAUUGAAUUUGCCGAUUGGGUUGGACGAAUUAAAAACCGAAAAAUCAAUGUGGUGUCGACGUUGAAACGCCCAGUGCCUUUGGAGCACUACCUCUAUACGGGACAAGAUGGCAAGACAAAGAAAGAUCUUUUCAAAAUUGUUGAUAUGAACGGCAACUGGCAGGAAAUUGGUUAUAGGAAGGCGGCCGAUGCAAAGGCCAACAAGCGGGACACCCCUGCCAACCAAGGUAGACCCGGUGGAGGCUUUGAUCGUGGAGAUGGCGCCAAUCGUGGCCGUGGUGGUGGGCAAGCUCGUGGAGGAUACAGUGGGAACACAGGCGGUUUCAGUGGGAAACCAACCGGCAAGAAUGAUAAGAACGUCUAUAUAAGUCUGAUUGACUUUCUUCGCACUAAUGAACAACUGCCUAUGGUCGUUUUCGUGUUCUCCAGGAAAAGGUAUUAA